UGGAGGCGCGCAGGGCCCGCCGGCCCCGCGUCCCUCACAGCGCCCGCCGCCGCCAGCGCCGCCAGCUCCGCCGCGGGGCUCGGCCCUGAGGGACGCCGGAUUGAAUUUCUCUCUGGCUGAGGUUCCUUCAGUUCCAGGAUGGAGAUGAGUCGGGAGAAGCUGUGUGCCAGCAAGGCUGAUGGGAGCUCAGACUCUGCCUACCACUGCUCAGCAUGUCACGAUGAUGAGGAGUGGGGCAGCACGAGCCGGGGGCGAGCCAAGUCACGGAGUUUGUCAGCUUCACCAGCCCUUGGAAGCACCAAAGAAUUCAGGAGAACACGCUCCUUGCAUGGACCAUGCCCCGUGACCACGUUUGGACCAAAGGCCUGCAUGCUGCAGAAUCCUAAAACGAUUAUGCACAUUCAGGAUCCAGCAAGCCAGCGGUUGACAUGGAACAAACCCCCCAAGAGUGUCCUUGUGAUUAAGAAGAUCCGUGAUGCCAGUCUGCUGCAGCCCUUCAAAGAGCUCUGUGUGUACCUGACUGAGGAAAACAAUAUGAUAGUGUAUGUAGAAAAAAAAGUACUGGAAGACCCUGCUAUAGCUAAUGAUGAGAAUUUCGGACCAGUGAAGAAGAAAUUUUGCACCUUCAGAGAAGACUAUGAUGAUAUCUCCAAUCAGAUAGACUUUAUCAUAUGCCUGGGAGGAGAUGGGACCUUACUUUAUGCUUCUUCACUUUUCCAGGGUAGUGUACCUCCAGUUAUGGCUUUUCAUCUGGGAUCCCUUGGAUUUCUUACUCCAUUUAAUUUUGAGAAUUUUCAGUCCCAAGUCACUCAGGUUAUAGAAGGCAAUGCAGCUCUUGUUCUCCGGAGCAGGCUCAAGGUGAAGGUGGUGAAGGAGCCCAGGGAGAAAACAACAGUCCAGAAUGGGAUAGAGGAAAAUGGAGUCGUGUCUGCAAACCUGGAGAAAGAAGUGGGCAAGCAAAUUAUGCAAUAUCAGGUCCUCAAUGAAGUUGUGGUGGAUCGUGGCCCUUCCUCCUACCUGUCCAACGUGGAUGUGUUUCUGGAUGGGCACCUGAUAACCACGGUGCAAGGAGAUGGGGUGAUCGUGUCCACGCCGACCGGCAGCACCGCGUACGCCGCCGCAGCCGGAGCCUCCAUGAUCCACCCCAACGUCCCUGCUAUCAUGAUCACCCCCAUCUGCCCCCACUCCCUGUCCUUCAGACCCAUUGUGGUUCCUGCUGGAGUGGAACUCAAGAUUAUGCUCUCCCCAGAUGCCAGGAACACAGCGUGGGUUUCGUUUGAUGGAAGGAAGAGGCAGGAAAUAUGCCAUGGAGACAGUAUCAGCAUCACUACCUCUUGCUACCCCCUCCCCUCCAUCUGCUUCCGGGACCCCGUGAGCGACUGGUUCGAGAGCCUGGCCGAGUGCCUGCACUGGAACGUCCGCAAGAAGCAGAACAACUUCGCCGUGGAAGAAGAAGAGUUCUGAGUGUCCACAUCCAGCACGACUGGGGCACUGGAAUGUGGCAGUAUCCCCUCCUCUCUGCUUGGAUUUUGGAGCUCUUGGUGUGGGCACCGCCCUGGACCUGCCUUGUGGUUGUGGUUUCUAUCCCUCAGAUCCUGUGGCUGGAGAGGGUUGUGUUCCUUUCUGUCUAAAAUACCAAGAGUAGGAGUGGAAGGCUCUGAUGGUUCUAAUCCAGUGUGAAUUUCCUUCCAAAUGAGCAGUCUGAGAGUGGAUUGUUCCUGACUGCUACCAACAACCACAUCUGCAGAUUUGAUUGUAACCUCUAACUUACCAGUUCCAUGGUAGGCUGAAUGUAGCUACACCAGGGAAAAGUGGCAGCAGAAAAGUGGCAUUAAAAUCUCCUCUUUCGGUUUGUAACUCCAUUUAACACUGCUAGGAAUAGAAAGGCUCUGAGAUGAUUUCUUAAAAAAAAAAAAAAAAAAAAAAAAGCUCCUCUUUGUUAUCUUAAAUACACCUUGCCCAGAAAAUACUUUCUUACUUGCAAAUGUGACACACUGAAGAAACACCCACAAAGGAUGUUUUUUAUUAAUAGAUGGAAUUAAUAAUAAGUAUAUAUUUUUUAUAUAUACAUUUCUCUCUCGUGCCCAUUUGAGCAGUGGCUGACCCUUGGCUGUCAGCACUGUGGAAUUGCCCACAAACCACAGGGAUGAGCAUUAAUUAUUACAGGUGUCUGUGGGUUUGUAGCUGAGCUGAUUCAUAGCUCUGCACUUCCUCUUGGUGGGAAUCAUCCGUGUGUUGGUUUUUCCUAUUAUUUUUGUUGGAUUCCCUGGGAUAAAUGGUAGCAUUAGAGACUAUCAUGUUUAAAAAAAAAAUAAUAAUAAUUCUCCAAGCGUUCAAGAAGAAUCUGGACUUCAGUUGCUACUGUAUUCUAGUUCCACUGUUGUCCUGAAGAAAACACCCUGUUCUAGAUCCUGAAUGCCCUCAACUUCCAUGGAUACGUUCCAACUCUUGGUGCUGAGUAAUCCAGGAUGGGAUUCUGCAUUGGUGGGCUGGAGCAAUGAGAGGACACAUUCCCAGUGGAGUAGCAAUGGUGCCUUCAGCACACUCAAGAUAUUCUAAGUCUCAUAUUUACUUUUUUUAAGAUGCUUUCAAACGUUUCUAACUUCUCUCUGUACAUAUUUUAUUGUGUGUGCUUUUAUGAAAGAACAACAACAAAAAAAAAAAAAAAAACACCCAACAAAAGAACUGGUUGGGGGGGAAAAAAAGGGUUUGUACUGUACUUUAACUGCAAAAUAGCAAACCCAAGGAUAAUGUUUACAUUUAUGUUCUCUGUGGUGCAGUGUCAUGAUCAUCUUAUCCAAACUUCAGCAUUUUCAAGUCUUGCUGCGUUGGUCACGAAAGGAAGGGACAGGAGCUGUUAAAUGCCCGUGGCAGAUUCUUGCCAAGGGAUGAAUUUACUGAUUGAGGUGGGUUUUCUUUGGGAAUGGAGUGAGAGUCUCUGCUGAACUUUUUCCAUGAUUGUCUUAACGUUGUUUCUGUGGUCCAAAGUGGAAAUAGGAAAUGGGUUCAUUUCCAAACUCUGCCUGACCUGUUGUCCUCUGGUGGUUUCAAUAAUGUCUCAUCCCUUUUGGAUGCUGCCCUGGGCUGAGUCCAUGAAAUGCAGGUGAGAGCACUUUUCCAGAAAAGAGAAGCAAACUCUUGGGUUAACGAUUCAAAUCACAAUGAAAGUGUGUUCAUAUAAAUUAAUACUUGGUUUGUACAUUUUGUAAAAUAGAAUAUUGGUUUGAUUUGGUCAAAAACAGACAGAUUUUGGGAUAUCUUGGAGAAUAUCCAGAGAGCUUUUGGGAUUUCUCUUUCACUUGAAUCCGUAGUAAUUGUUUUAUCACUGUUUUGAAGCUGCUUACGGGUUUCCUAAGUGGAGUACUCAGUUAUUUGAUAACUGGUUACUUUUUGAACUAGAGAAGUGUCAGGCUUUUUGCUUUGAAACUAUUUUAUUUAAACAUGCAAUAAUUGAGAGAAGGAACAGUGUAUGGUGUCUAGAGAAACGUGUGGAUGAGUGGAGAGUGAGCAGUUCUAGGCACACUGGGGAGUGGAAAUCAUUUUGCAGAGGUGAAAUGAUUUAUGAGCCUUAUCUAGUAUUUUUUUAAAGAUAAAACUAUAUUCAGCACUUUUUAUUUAUGCUUUUUAUAAUACUAAAGCUAUUCUUGAUUAAAUUGCUGAACUUUUAAUUUUCAGAGUGCACAGGUCAUGAAAUCUGUAAUCAAAGUGUACUGAACUACUUUAGAUCUACAUUAGGGGUUGGCUUGAAAUUUAUUCUUCCAAUUUAUCACCUGCUGCAAUUGCAUUGCUGGCUCUGAGGCUGCUGCAGCUUUGCUUGUACAAAAUUCCUGCUGAUAAAAGCCAUUUUCUGGGUGGCUGAUCAGCCCAGGCAGAGCUGCAGCCCCUGGCUAAGGCAGGGCAGUCGCUCAGUGACUUCAGUCCUGGCUUUUCCUCCAAAAGCUGCCUUGAUUCUCCCUGUCCCAGCUGCUUUCUGCCUGAGCACAGCCCGGGCUGUGUUAAUACAUCACAAAGUUUAUCUGAGUGUACAAAGUCCCUUUUCAAGGCUUUUAAGUUGCAAACUGCAGGAGAGUGAGGCUGGGGCAGCCCUGGAGUUGUGCAUUUUAACUGCUCCAGGAGGGGGGGAGUUGAACCAGAAAAAAGCUGAAAUGCACCUCACUUUAUUGGCAAUAAAACCUCAUUUUGCUGAUGUAGCUUAUUCAGAAUAACUUGGUUAAACUGUGCUAAAAGGGGUUUGCUGAUUAGGAGUUUUUAAUAAAAGGGUUUGUAAGUCACUGGUACCUGCAAAUCCUUUCAUCUACAAAGGGCCAAAAUGAAAGCUGGGAAAUUAAUUUGGUUUUGGUUUUUUUUUUUUAAAAAAAAAAAAAGUUAUCCUCUGGUAGAAAUUGAAGAAGUUGUUACCAACUGUAGUAGGGAAUAAAGCAGUGUACUGAAUUUUUAAAAGACGAAAAAUCCUGUUACAUAUUGUUAACACAUUGAAAACUUUAAGUAUUGUUGAGAAACAAAAUAUUUUUCAAUCCUUUCAAUAAAAUCUUUUUGUAAAGUUGGA